GGUGAUAUUUUCUCAGCUGAAGAGUCAGAAAACCAAGAAAGUGUGCAUACAUUCUAAAUGUGCUUAACGCAUGGCGUUCAGUGUGUAUGUAAAUGUGUGUGUCCUAUGCCUGUGAAGGAGUUGACGUCAGGGUGAUACGUAACCCUGCCGCGGCGCACUGAAUGCAGCAGGAACUUGCGCUGCUCCGCCUGAGAAUAUCUGUCCACUUGUCGUGCUCUUAUUGAUCAACCAGGACGCGGCUACACUGGCAACCCGCACUGACACGCACAUGGCUUGAUGACAUCAUGUCCAGAUAUCACUCCCCUCCUUUCCAGAGACUCUCCUUCCUCCCUCUUUUCCUCUUCACCCUCUUCCCUCUCUCCCAUCUUUCUCCUCUACUUUCUCAAUCUCCUCUCAGCUGGACCUCUCCUCAUGACCCCUGCUACCACCUGGAUGGGCGUCCACGCCACUGCCUAUCUGAAUUCAUCAAUACAGCCUAUGGGAUGCCUGUAUCGAUGGAGGACCUCCAGCAAGGACCCAAGACAAACAUCAGCACUUUAACAGACCUUCAUAACCCCCACAAUCUGACAUGCUGGACGGCUGCUGAAGGCUCGGGUGGUGUUGAUUGGACUUUGACAGUUCCCCUGGGCAGACGCUUUGAAGUCACUUACAUUAGUCUUCAGUUUUGUCAACAGGUGGAGUCGAUGGAGUCCUACUCCAUCUCCAUCUUGAAGUCAAUGGACUUUGGCCGGAGCUGGCGCCCUCUACAGUUUUAUUCAAGCGAUUGCAUGGGCGAAUUCGGCCGUCCAGCACAGUCUAUCGCUCUGACAAAGCACCAGGAGACGGAGCCGCUGUGUUCAGAUCCCAGACCACUGCAGAAGCAUCGUGGAAAUGUCGUGCUGGCCUUCUCGACUUUGGAUGGACGUCCUUCUUCGCCAGAUUUUGACUAUAGUCCAGGGCUCCAAGACUGGGUGACUGCAACAGACAUAAAGAUAAUAUUUCACCAGUCAUUGGACAAAAUGAAAAAAAGAGAAGAGAAACUGAAUGAAGUGGGAGGCACAUUUAGAUGGAGAGAAAGGGAAGACAAAGUUCUGAGGUUUGGCGAGAAAAACACUGGCAUUAAAACAUCUGACAUUUGGAGAAAUAGUCGAGAAAAACAGACUUCAACACAGAGAAUUAGGAAUAAAAGCACCGUGCAGCAAAGUGGCCACAAUGUUACCCAAAAGGUGAUGGGAUCUCAAGGUAGAGUGGGAAGGGGCCGUAAGAAGGACAGUUACAAGCCAUGCCAGGAUGGCACAUGUGAUUGGUCCCUAAAUAUCCCACAGCAGGGCUCCAAGGGGCGAGAGUUGAGGAGAAGGAGAAACAAUGGAGGGAGGGGGAAGUCCCAUUCUAAAUCGAGAAAAAAAGACUCACACCACCUCAUCCCAUCAUCUCUUUACGCCCCACCGAAACCCCCUCUUGCCCUUUCCGACCUACAGGUCGGAGGCAGGUGCAAGUGCAAUGGCCAUGCCUCUCGCUGUCGUCGUGACAACCAGGGCCGUGCCUUGUGUCAAUGUGAGCAUCAUACAUCUGGGCCGGACUGUGACGUAUGUGAGCAAUUUUUUUAUGAUCGUCCAUGGCAACGGGCCACACCCAGCCAACCACACCCGUGCGUCCCAUGUGAAUGUAAUGGUCACUCUACUAAGUGUAGGUUCAGUAUGGCCGUGUAUCAGCAGUCUGGUCGAGUCAGUGGAGGCAUUUGUUUGAAGUGCCGGCACCACACAACGGGACGCCACUGCCAGUUCUGCCAGAACGGAUAUUCGCGCGACCACAGCAAACCACUCAGCCACCGCAAGGCCUGCCAACCAUGCCAGUGCCACCCAAUGGGUGCAGUGGGCCAUUGGUGUAACCAGUCCACAGGGCAGUGUUUGUGUAGAGAAGGAGUCACAGGACAGAGGUGUAACCGCUGCGCCCCGGGGUACAAGCAAGGUCAUUCCCCCCUCCGACCAUGUAUCCGUAUUCAGGAGGUUGCACCGCCCACCCCAGUUUACCAGCCUCAGUACAGCAUUGGCGAGGAGUGCCUUUCUUACUGUCCACCUUCCCAAGCAAGAGUCAAAAUGAAUUUAGAGACAUACUGUCUCAAGGACUAUGUGCUGAAGGUGCAGGUAAAAGGUAAGGAACGCUCUGGUCCCUGGUGGCAGUUUUCGAUAUUGGUGCAGUCGGUUUUUCGCAUGGGCUCUUCACAUGUAAAGCGAGGCAUUCAGGCCCUCUGGGUUCCAGAUCGGGAUCUGAGCUGCGGCUGCCCUGCGCUUCAGAUGGGCCGCACCUUCCUCCUGAUCGGUGCAGAAGAAAGCGGGCAGAGUUGGGCCCCAGAAGAGAGGCGAUUAGUCGCAGACCGCACUACAAUGGCCUUGCAGUGGAGAGAACACUGGAGCCCAAAACUAAGAGGCUUCCGCGGGCAGGACACCCGAGGAAAGUGCCCACAGGGAAACACCACUUCGCAUAAACACUCUCACCUAAACUCAUAUGAGGAAUACACACCCCCACAUCUUGACAAACUGCAGUCUGAGCCACACAGACCACAUAAACAUACACACACGGCACACAAGCAUCAUUUAACCACACAAUCCGGAGGAUCAGACCUCACGCACACACACAAACAAGGAGGGACUCAGGACGUACAUGGAAAAUACACAGUAACGCACCUUGAGGAGCACCGCAAGGCUGAACACGUCACGCCACCCUCCCUUCAGGAAACACAGCACGUGUUGCAGCACACCCAGGAUCCUCUCUCAGGUACUUCAAAGACGAGUCAGGCCAACAAACACGAGCGGUACCACCCGACAGCGUGUCCAACGUGGUCACCUGGGCCAACUGUCUGACACAGAUAUUAUGAGCAGGAAUAUACAAAAGGAAGUUAAGAAAUGCCUGGAGUGGGCAUUGACAAAUGCAUGGUGAGGGAUGUUUCAGUUGUUUCUAAUCUAGGCUGUUUCUUUUACAGAGCCACUCAGUUCAAUGAAUAUUCACAAGCUAGGCUGUGAGUAUCUCAGUAUUUUUGUAUUUUGUCCUAAAUAUUCAUUAUCAUAUUACAGAGCUAUUUGUAUUUUGUCAGAUGAAACAUGCAGGUAUUUUUCUUUUUCUUUUUCAUAUCACAUGCUCUGAGAAACACAUUUUGCACCACCAGUCAGGAAAAGACGAGUAUAAUCCAACUAUUAAAAGACUGAAAAUCACCAUGUUUUACUCACUGGAGAUGUUAUUUAAAUACCAUCCCAUUCAAUCCAGUGUUGUGCUAAAAUACAGUUAUUAUGUCUGACAGUCUAACAUUUAAGACUUUAGAACUGUAAGAAGCACUUUGUUUUCAGAUCAGCAGCUGACAAAUCUUACACAAUCUGGUCUCGAUCAUUGACAGACAUGUUAAGUGUGGCUAAACAGUAAAAUGUAAAAUAUGUCAUGUGCCCACAGUAAUUAAAAUAUUUUUUUUUAUUGUUUUUUUGUGGCUAGAAAAGUGUAUAGUGUGUAUAUAUAUAUAUAUAUAUAUAUAUAUAUAUAUAUAUAUAUAUACACACACACACAUAUAUAAACUGUAUACAACAGAUCGUUAAUAUGGUGCCUUUUUAAGUCUUAUUACUUGUGAAUAUUUUAAACUAUCAUACAAUAUGUAAAUGUUCAAAAAUAUUUGUGCAACAAAUGUGACAACUUUUUUUCUGUUUAACUUAACGCUCUACCUCAUAAUAAAUAUUGUUAACAAGA